CUAAAAACUAAAAAGCAAAUCCAAUAUUCACAAGCCAGCCAAGCAGGCCAAAGUCCCAAGUACUAAAUUAAUGAAUUCACAUGUUCCCGCCAAAAUAUCCACUACUAUUUUGGAGUGCCUUUAAAAUCCCCGCCUUUUUAUCUCUCUCUAUAGAAAGCUGAAAGUCUGAGACUGAAAGUGAAACCCCAAAUUCUCUUUUACUUUUAGAGUUUUAGGAUCGAUUCGAAUUCGCCGUACCCAUCAGAUUUUCUAGCGUUGGAGCAAGCUAUUAUAGGAUAUGGAUACAUCAAGCCCUUCUGUUUUUGUCAAUGCAGAGUUGUUGCGCGUGCACGUAGGAAAGAAGGUGCGUGCGGUGGUUCACGUUAUUCAAUCUGAUGGUGAAAUCACUACUGGGAAAUCAACAGAUGAGCACCAAUUGAUUGUGAAAGGACUGCCACAUGUAUCUCUUAUGAGUUAUGUUGAGGUGAUUGGUAUUGCUGAAAGUGACCAGUCCAUUCGCGCUGAAACAUGGACCAACUUUGGUAACACUUUUGACACACAAUCGUACAAUCAGGUCUGCCAACUAGCAAAUGGGGAGUUUAAAGGUUUGUUUCUUUAGGGAGCAGAUCCUUGAACUAAGACAGGUGGGAUUGUGGGAGUGUAAGGAAAGGUAGUCUAGUAACAAUUGCGCAAAGUUGGUGUUUAAGAUGGACAAAUUAUUACAUGUUUAUGUGUGCGAAUACUAUCCAAAACUUUGAUUAAGGUCCAGUAUCUUACUAAUUAAGUUUUCAGGUCUUGUAUCCUCUUA